UACUUUCACUUUUACUUUCAAGAGGAGAAGCGGAAAGCAGAGACAGUCUGGUGGUGUUAAAAAAAAAAAAAAUAAAAUAAAUCAAAAGAUAUAAACCUGUGAAUAAAUAAAGAAUGAGCUACGACAGAGCCAUUACUGUUUUUUCUCCUGAUGGCCACCUGUUUCAGGUAGAAUAUGCUCAGGAGGCUGUGAAGAAGGGCUCGACUGCAGUGGGGGUGAGGGGCAAAAACAUUGUUGUGCUCGGGGUUGAGAAGAAAUCAGCAGCCAUGCUUCAGGAUGACAGGACCGUACGGAAAAUCUGUGCUCUGGAUGACAACGUCUUCAUGGCAUUUGCUGGCCUGACCGCAGAUGCAAGGAUUUUGAUUAACAGAGCUCGAGUGGAGUGUCAAAGCCACCGCUUGACUGUAGAGGAUCCUGUCACUGUGGAGUACAUCACCCGCUACAUCUCCAACAUGAAACAGCGGUACACACAGAGUAACGGACGAAGACCUUUUGGGAUUUCAUCCCUCAUCGUGGGCUUUGAUUUUGAUGGUACACCCAAUCUGUAUCAGACUGACCCUUCUGGAACGUACCAUGCCUGGAAGGCAAAUGCUAUUGGGAGAUCAGCAAAAACAGUUCGUGAAUUCCUGGAGAAGAACUACAAAGAUGACGACAUGGAGUCUGAUGAACUGGUCCUCAAACUGGCUGUCCGAGCUCUUCUUGAGGUGGUGCAAACUGCCGGAAAAAAUAUUGAACUGGCCACAAUGAAGUAUGGUGAAGCCAUGAAGCUUUUAGACCCUGAAGAGGUGGGGAAGAUUGUAUCUGCACUGGAGAAAGAAAAGGAGGAAGCAGAGAAGAAAAAGAAAGCCGCAACAUCCUGAACAAGCUUGGAUCAAACAUUUGGCAGCAAUGAAUUAAUACGCUAGAGGUCGAGGUUUAUCAGCCAUUUUCCAUUUUAUUAACAAUGGUUGUUUUUGUACAAAGUCCCCAGUUAAUUCAUAUACAAAAACAAAAAUAAAGGAAACCAAAAAAGCCUCUGAAAUC